UGACAUGUUUUUGGGUUAUUGGAUUUAGUCUUUUAUACAAUUAAAACCAGAAAAAAUUGUUUAAUUGUCUGCAAAAUUUUAUUUGUUGAAAAAUUCUUUAUCAAAAAAAUGGAAAUUGACUAUUCCACGUAUGCUCAGCUUUCAGGGUUUUCCUAUAUGCCCACUCCCGAGGAAUUCUAUCCGGAGAUGAGGGGUGGCAUGCAGCAACAGGAGUGUCAGCCUGGCAAUGACUUCGACCAGGGACCCCGCCAGAUGUCCACUCGUCAGCCCCAUUCAGCUCCCAUCCGAAAUCGAUGCCAUCAAAGCCAUCAGAGGGCUAUGGACAUGUCCGAUGGCCUUCAAGCCAACUCCUACAAUCCAGUUCGCUACCAAAGUACCAGUGCUUCUGCAUAUCGCUGCAUGGUUCGGGAACAAAGACGAGCCAAGGAAAUGAUGUCCCGCAAUGGGUUAUACUCACCCAUUGAAGCGUCUGCGCGUUACAGUGGUGGAGAUUCCAAUUACUACUGAAGUUAUGCAGAGGGCGACAUGCUUCAUUUCUCCGUGGUUAACAUUUUUGUUUUUAUAAAUUAUAUUCCGUUCACGUAUCAAUAUUGAAGUUGUAAAAUAAACGAGUUUAUAUGGAAAUGAG